GGAUUUCGUGGUCGGGAUCGAAUGUAGAUGCAUACCAUCAACUCUGAUGGCGCCAAGCAUCUCUAAGCCACAGUCAAAGAGAAGGGGGUUUACGAGAACCUUUGAGUUGUUAUUUCAUCCCCCAUCUCAGGAUCAUCUUCCCUAUGCCAGUUUCUAUCCUAGAAGGCCUACUGUACCAAUAACCACCGGUAACGGCACUUAUUACCAUUUUUUGUGGCCCAUGCACCUUCUUUGGGAAUUCUGGGUCUGGGUCAGAAUACAAGAAUAUUUGGCCCACCGCAAUAGCCUUCAAAACCCAUAUUUAUUAGCGUUGUGGGAUACACAGAAUGUCCCCCUCAAUGGAUGAUCAACUUAAUCGCCAGACCAGGUACUUUGAAAUGGUGGCAAAUGGCGAGAAUGCUGUUCAAACGCCAGAUGGUCCACCACAAUACGAGGCAUUGGCGGAAUUGGAAGCAACCACAACCGCCCGAGACGAUGGUCGCAUUGACAUUGAUCUCAGUUCAAGGAUAGCUCGACGACUUUCGCGAUUAGUUCCCACUGAGAAGCCCCCGUUCUCAUAUGAACAACGCCCAAGCAGCCCGCCAGAAUACUCAGAGACAAGCGAAAGAAGCAUCCGCCUCAACAUUGUUAUUCAGGUUGUCGGCAGUCGAGGAGAUGUUCAGCCAUUCAUUGCCCUCGGGACAGAAUUACAGCGCCACGGUCAUCGAGUGCGACUUGCCACACACGGCCAAUUCCACAAGUUCGUGCGAGAGUCUGGUCUUGAAUUUUUCUCCAUCGGUGGUGAUCCUUCUGAGCUGAUGGCGUAUAUGGUUAAGAAUCCUGGUCUCUUCCCUAGCAUGAAGACACUGCGUGGAGGUGAGAUCCAAAGAAAACGCAAGAUGGUUGACGAGAUGCUGCAUAAGUGCUGGAAGUCUUGCAUUGAACCCGAUGAGUUAACGGGUCAGUCAUUCGUGGCAGAUGCAAUUAUUGCAAACCCGCCAAGCUUUGCUCAUAUUCAUUGUGCACAAGCCCUGGGUGUUCCGCUGCAUCUCAUGUUCACGAUGCCUUGGACCAGUACUCGGGAGUUCUGCCACCCACUUGCAAACCUCAGGGCUAAUGGCAGUGAUAUGUCUGCGAGCGCGGCGAACUAUGUGUCUUAUUCGUUGGUGGAGUGGAUGACAUGGCAAGGUCUUGGGGAUAUUAUUAACACAUGGCGAAAUACGAUAGACCUGGAGCCGAUCCCGUUUAGUGAGGGUCCUUGUUUGACCGAGACACUGGGAGUUCCAGUUACAUAUUGCUGGUCGCCAGCUUUGGUCCCUAAACCAGCAGAUUGGCCUGAGAAUAUUGAUGUUUGUGGUUUCUUCUUUCGCGAAGUACCAUCUUAUAAACCCAACGACGCACUCCACCAGUUCCUCUCCAGUGGCCCACCUCCAGUAUAUAUAGGUUUUGGCAGCAUCGUUAUCGACGACCCCGAGAAGCUCACCGCGACAAUCAUGGAAGCUGUGCGCGCUACCGGCACCAGGGCCAUUGUUUCACGGGGCUGGAGUAAACUUGGAGGAGAUUCAAUUGGAGACGACCAGGUGCUUUUCCUCGGCGAUUGCCCUCACGAGUGGUUAUUUCAACAUAUCACUGCAGUCGUACAUCAUGGAGGAGCUGGAACAACUGCUUGCGGGUUACUCAACGCAAAGCCCACAGCUAUUGUGCCGUUCUUUGGAGAUCAACCAUUUUGGGGAAAUAUGGUCCACGCAGGUGGUGCUGGUCCAGCUCCCAUCCCAUUUAAAAGUCUCAACUGCCAGAACCUCGCCGAUGCUAUAAGAUUCUGUCUGACGCCCGAAGCAUCUGCUGCUGCUCGUCAAAUCGCCAAUAAAAUGUCUAGUGAAGCAGGGGUUAGACGCGCAGUGGCCUCUUUCCAUGCCAACUUGCCUCUAGAAAAGAUGCGCUGUGAUGUGCUACCUAAUCUGGCUGCAGUCUGGUCAUAUGAGUGGAAGGGGAAACACGUCAAACUAUCUAAGAUUGCUAUAGAGAUAUUGGUGGAGGCCGGAAAGAUUUCGUGGAAUAACCUAAAGCCGUAUCAAUCACAACCUGUUCACAUCGAGAACCGACGUUGGGACCCCGUGACAGCCACACUCUCUACUCUCGCCUCAACAGGUUGGGGCAUGACCAAAUCAGCUGCUGACAUCGUCGUCAAGCCAAUCCAAGCAUUCUGCCCAGUUACCCCGGGCAGCGGUAGGGCCAGCAGUCGAGAGACCGAAACCCACUCUGGCACCAGUUCCAAGCGAGAGUCUGAGGAAGACAUCUUUGGACGACCAGCAGGCUUGGAACUCCCUCACCCCCAGACCAAUAACACCAAGAAACCUCAACAUGGCGUUCUCGUUGCUAUGAAGGCCUCUGCAUCUGGCAUUAGUGGCUUCUUCAAGCACUCCUCCAAGGGCGUCCUCCUCGACCUCCCAUAUGCCAUCACAGAAGGCAUGCGCAAUGCGCCAAAACUCUACGGAGGUGAAGUGUAUAACCCAGGUGCAGUGACAGAUUGGAAAUCCGGUGGUAUUGCAGCAGGAAAGAACUUUGCACACGGUAUCGUUGAAGGAAUCGGAGGCAUAGUGAUGGAGCCUGUCCGAGGGGCUAAGAAGGAGGGCGCUUCAGGCGCUGCUAAAGGUGUUGGUAUUGGGCUGCUGAACCUGGGAACCAAGAUGUCUUCUGGUGCUGCAGGGUUGGUCGCUUUGCCUGGACAGGGCAUAUAUCAGAGUGCUAGGGCGCUGGUGAAGAGGAAGACGGGGAGGGUUAUCAUGGAAGCGAGAAGAGCUGAGGGACAGUAUACUGUUGGACAGACUGAUCUUUCGCAGCUUGAAACCUAUCGAGCGACGGUGCUGGACAUAUUCGAGACUAGAUAGAUAGCACACAGGUUCAUUCAAGUUAAAAAACAGAUACCUAG